GGGGCGCGGACAGAGCCCGGACCGCCCGGCGGCGGAACGGUUUCCGCCGGGAGCGGCGCGCGGGGGACCGGAAUUGGGAGCGGAAGUGCAGCGCGGUCGACGGUGCCCUGCGCUCUCAGCCCGCCAAGUCCGAACCGGUUGGCUGCGGAGGACGCGGUGGCGGUGCCUCGGCCGACCUGGGGCCAAGAUGCCCAAGAUAACCCUGAACGGUGUGACAGUGGACUUCCCUUUCCAGCCGUACAGAUGCCAAGAGGACUACAUGGCCAAAGUCCUGGAGUGUCUGCAGAAGAAAGUGAACGGCGUCCUGGAGAGCCCCACGGGCACGGGGAAGACCCUUUGCCUCCUCUGCACCACACUGGCCUGGCGGGAGCACCUUCGUGAUGCCAUCUCUGCCCAAAAGAUCGCUGAGAGGGCACAAGGGGCACUGUUCCCUGGUGGCGCCUCGUCCUCCUGGGGGAAUGCUGCUUCAGAUGGGGAUGGCACAGCUUGCUACAUGGACAUCCCAAAGAUUAUUUAUGCCUCCAGGACCCACUCACAGCUCACGCAAGUCAUCAGCGAGCUUCGGAACACCUCCUACCGCCCCAGGGUGUGUGUGCUGGGUUCCCGGGAGCAGCUGUGCAUCAACCCUGAGGUGAAGAAGCAGGAGAGUAACCACAUGCAGAUCCACUUGUGCCGAAAAAAGGUGUCGAGUCGCUCCUGUCAUUUCUACAAUAACACAGAAGAGAAGAGCCUGGAACAGGAGCUGGGUACCCCCAUCCUGGACAUCGAGGAUCUGGUCAAGAGUGGGAACAGGCACAAGCUGUGCCCCUACUACCUCUCUCGGAACCUGAGGCAGCAGGCCGACAUUAUCUUUAUGCCGUACAACUACUUGCUGGAUGCCAAGAGUCGCCGGGCACACAGCAUCGACCUGAAGGGGACCGUUGUGAUCUUUGAUGAAGCUCACAAUGUGGAGAAGAUGUGCGAGGAGGCGGCGUCGUUUGACCUGACCCCCCACGACGUGGCAUCCGGAUUGGCUGUCAUAGACCAGGUUUUGGAGGAGCAGACCAGGCUGGCGCAGCAGGGUGAGCUCCGCUUGGACUGCAGCAUGGACCCCACCAAUGCAGGGCUGAACAUGGAGCUGGAAGACAUCGCAAAGCUGAAGAUGAUCCUGCUGCGCCUGGAGGGGGCCAUUGAUGCUGUCGAGCUGCCUGGGGACAAGAGUGGCGUCACCAAGCCUGGCAGCUACAUCUUCGAGCUGUUCGCCGAAGCCCAGAUAACGGCUCGGACCAAGGGCUGCGUCCUGGACUCCCUGGACCAGAUCAUCCAGCACCUGGCAGGACGUACGGGGCUGUUCAACAACACGGCGGGACUGCAGAAGCUUGCGGAUAUCAUCCAGAUUGUGUUCAGUGUGGACCCUGCUGAGGGAGGCCUUGGUGCCAUGGUGGGAACUGGGGUCUCUCAGUCCUACAAGGUACAUAUCCACCCUGAUACUGGUCACCAGAGGACAGCUCAGCAGUCAGACACCUGGAGCACCCCAGCAGCCAGAAAACAAGGGUGCCUCCGUGGCCCAGGCCCACAACUGUCUCCCCCAGGGAAGGUGCUGAGUUACUGGUGCUUCAGUCCCGGCCUCAGCAUGCGUGAGCUGGCCCACCAGGGCGUCCGCUGCCUCAUCCUCACCAGCGGCACACUGGCCCCUGUGACCUCCUUUGCCCUGGAGAUGCAAAUCCCUUUCCCAGUCUGCCUAGAGAACCCACACGUCAUCAACAAGCACCAGAUCUGGGUGGGCAUCGUACCCAAAGGCCCAGACGGAGCCCAGCUCAGCUCUGCCUUUGACAAACGGUUCUCCGACGCAUGCUUGUCCUCCCUGGGGAAGGCACUAGGCAACAUCGCCCGCGUGGUCCCCCACGGGCUCCUGGUCUUCUUCCCGUCCUACCCCGUCAUGGAGAAAAGCCUGGAGUUCUGGCGGGCCCACGACUUUGCCAGGAAGCUGGAAGCUCUGAAGCCUCUGUUCGUGGAGCCAAGGGGCAAAGGUGGCUUCUCGGAGGUAAUGGAUGCCUACUACACGAGAGUCUCCUCGCCUGGGUCCACCGGGGCCACCUUCCUGGCUGUGUGCCGGGGGAAGGCCAGUGAAGGGCUGGACUUCGCAGACAGAAAUGGCCGUGGUGUGAUCGUCACAGGCCUUCCAUACCCACCACGCAUGGACCCCCGGGUGCUCCUCAAGAUGCAGUUCCUAGAUGAGCUUAAGGGCUGCAGCGGGGCCAGGGGCCAGUUCCUCUCUGGGCAUGACUGGUACCGGCAACAGGCGUCCAGGGCUGUGAACCAGGCCAUCGGGCGGGUUAUCCGGCAUCGGCAUGACUACGGGGCUGUCUUCCUCUGUGACCACAGGUUCACCUGUGUGGAUGCCAGAGCCCAGCUGCCCUCCUGGCUGCGCCCCCAUGUCAAGGUCUACGGCAGCUUUGGCCACGUUGUCCGAGACGUGGCCCAGUUCUUCCGAGUCGCUCAGAAAACUGAAAGCCAAGUGCCUGGAUGUGCACAUCCCCAGCCUGAGGAGGGGACCCACAGGCAGGCUUCGCUGCCCACACACCUGUUCUCUCAGGACCACCAGCCACCGGGGAUGCUGAGGGCAGCCUGUGUGUGGAGUAUGAGCAGGGGCCAGUCCACACCCAGCGGGGGCCUGUGGGGCUGCUGGCUGCCCUGGAGCACAGUGAACAGCUGGCGGACAGGCCCGGGGACGAGGCCCUCCCCCCGGAUGAGGAGGGGCAGUUGGGGGGUCGAGCACAAAACCUGGCGAUGCUGUGUGCCGCCUCGGCACGGCUCCUGGCCCUCAGCUGCUCCCCUGCAUGCUCUCUGCGCAGGCAGGGCACAGCGCUGCUCCACUCUGUCCCUUCCGUGUGAGAAGAGGCCGGUGGGCGAGCAGAGAGGCGGGAGGAGGAAGAUCAGGCUGGUCCGCGGCCCGCAGGAGGGGCCAGCAACUGGAGCGCAGGCGGGCAGGGCCAAGCUGUUCAUGGCAGCUGUGAAGCAGGCACUGAGCCAGGCCGACUUCGACACCUUUGCCCAGGCCCUGCAGGGCUACAAGGGCUCUGACGACUUUGCAGCCCUGGUGACUGGCCUCCGCUGCCUCUUUGCUGAGGACCCCAAGAGGCACAGCCUGCUCCAAGGCUUCUACCAGUUUGUGCGGCCUCACCACAAGCAGCAGUUUGAGGAAGUCUGCCUGCAGCUGACAGGCCAUGGCUGCGGCUUCCAACCUGAGCACAGCCUUCCCAGGAGGCAGUGGGCACAGCCAACCCUGGAGCCCAGUGGAAGGAGGCAGCCAGAUGCCAAGCUAACCCUGUCCCGGGGCGCAGCCAGGCAGCUGGACCCAGGAGAGCACCUGAAUCAAGGCCAGCCCCACCUGGCCUCUGGGCCGCACCCCACAGGAGACCCCAGCGGCUGUCCCCAAGAGGGGCCCAGAGCCAACAGAGCAGAGAAGCAGGGCCAGCCUGCCAUGAGUGCCUACCUGGCUGAUGUCCGCAGGGCCCUUGGGUCCUCGGGCCGCAGCCAGCUGCUCGCAGCACUGACUGCCUACAGACGUGACGACGACUUCGAGAAGGCCAUGGCUGUCGUGGCCACACUCACCACAGCGAGGCCUGAGGACCUGUCCCUGCUGCAGAGGUUUGGCAUGUUUGUGCGUCCACGCCACAAGCCACAAUUCCGACGGAUGUGCAAGGACCUGAUGGGCCUGGCUGCCCCCGGACCCGGGGAGCCAGGAUCCCGGGAGUGGAGUCCCACCUCACCUCCAGAUCUCUCCCGUGGGGCUUCUGGGUCUGGCUCCUCACAGCCUGGCAAGACCCAGCGCAAGAUCACCUCCUUCCUUAGUCCGAGGCUGGCCGGGGGUGCCCUGCAGCAGCCGCAGCCCCAGUCGGCACAUGCAGCAUGUCCUGGCUGCGGGGCAGAGGACAUAGUCCCUUUCCAGUGCCCCUCCUGCAGCUUCCACCGCUGCCGGGCCUGCUGGCGACGGUGCCUCCAGGUGGGCAGCCUGGCCUCACGGGCAUGGGUGGGCUAUGUGUUGGGGCAGACUGCAGUGUCCGGGUAUGUCCAGCACCUCUGCCUCCACAGGCCUCUAGGACAUGCCCAGCCUGCCAAACUGCUGCCAGGAAGCAGAGUGUCACGCAGGUCUUCUGGCCAGAGCCCCAGUGACCAGGAGGGCCUCGGCACCCAGGUCUGGUGCAGCUUGGACACCGUUGCCUGGGGGCUGGUCGGGCGCAGCACCGGCAACCCCUUGGCCAAGAGCCCAUCUGACGGGGACGUCUGUCCAGCACCUGGGGACACCCCUGGGCUGGCCUGUGAGAAGCCACCUUAGGGUCUGGGGUUGGCUAGAACGUGCUUCCCCAGAACUUUCUCUAGCUGGUGGCUUAUGGAUAGAGUCCCAGGGGCUUCACAGCUGAGUCCAGGACCCCACUGCUGGGAAGGAGGGAGAACCCUCUGCUGCCUCCUGUUGGGGACUUCCUUGGGGGGCUGUGCGUGGUCAGUGAUCCUGCUUUAAUAAAGCUGCUAGCACGA